CAACGUCAACACCCACAUUUGAGACAGCAGCUGAUGCAAUUAGAACAUUUAUUGAACUGGGUUCAAGACAUGCCCGGAGUUUUUCCGAUCGAGCUAUCCAACCACAGGGUGUCAUCCAUCAAGUUUCUCAACUACCGAACAACUUUUAUGAAUCAGGAAACGGGUUUCCAAAUAAAUUGAGACUGAUGCAGCAGAGAAAACCUGAUAUUGUUUAUAAUAAGGAAUGGAUAGAGAGUAGUUCUUCUAUCAAUAUUCUCAUAAAAUCAGGCAUUGCAAAAAUUGCUGAUUUUGGUCUGUCUGGACAAAUUGGGUCCUUAUCAUUAGGUGAUGACACUGCAGCAUACAGAGAUCCUUUAUCAUUUAGAGAUCAACCAUAUAAACAUCAAAAAAUAAGAAGUCUGACAUCUUCAGUCUUGGGGUGCUGCUUUGGGAAAUUUCUAGUGGGAAAAUUCCCUGUAAUAGUAAAGAUUGUGGAUCAAGUGUGA